UGCGUGUGUGUGUGUGCGUGUGUGUGUGUGGACCAGCAGCCAACACACACUUAAAAUUCGUUCGCAACAUGGCGUUGGAGCGCCGAGAGACACGACGGCUCUCCCCCGUCUAAUGCAACCCUAUUGUUAGGAAAGCCGGGGGACUGUUAACCAAAGAGACCUAAACAUUCACAGAGACUCUUUCACGCACCGGCGGAGACAAUAGCGGAUUCCAACAUAUGCAUGUCGCUAUAACGGUAUAGCUGGUUGUAUAGACGCACGCUGCUACCCCACUGGUGGAAAUCAAAGGCUGUACAUGGCGGUGGAGAGUACAAUUUGGCUGUUCUGUCUUCUUUCGCUGUUUUGUGGUCCAUCCAAGCAAGAAAAGCCUGUUUCGGUGGAGCUGAGCUGCGGGGCUGGGCCCAGCCAUGUAGUGUUGGAGCCAGGUUCGCCCCUCUUGCUGGACUGCAAUCUGGGGGCCAGCGAUACACCUUUCAAUGUUACCUGGCUUCAGGAUGGCAAGACCCUGCCUCUGGAGGAGGGCGAUGACUAUCUGCAGUAUUUGGGCAAUGGAUCCCUCCUCCUGCUGCCGACCUCCAAGGAUGGCCAGCCUGCCCAGGACGUGGAGGGGGGCUACAGCUGCGUGAGUGCCAGCGCCCUUGGAGCCCUGACCAGCCGGACUGUAAAUGUACUCUUGGCAAGUCUGUCCAAGUUCCAUCAGGAGCCAUCACCCCAAACAGUGCCCGUUGGGGGAGCUGCUCGCCUCGAGUGCCAGAUUGAGGGAGUACCCACACCUGUUAUUACCUGGGAAAAGAACAAAGAGGCUGUCACUGAAGUGACAAGGUUCAUUUCCCUUCCUAACGGGGUGCUCCAGAUUCUAGAGGUGACCAAGCAGGACGAGGGUGCCUACCGCUGUGUUGCAUCCAACUCUGCCAGGAAGGACAUCAGUCAUGAAGCCAAGCUCACUGUCACCUCAGGCUCUACUGAAGCCCUGAACAGAGUUGUGAUUGUUGCACCACCUCAGAAUGCCACGGUAGUCCUCGGCGGGCCAGCUGUGAUGGAGUGUAUGGCACAAGGCCAGCCGAAACCACUGGUGUCCUGGAGCAGACAGGAUGGAAAGCCCAUUUCCACUGAUGUGGUCGUCCUCGCAACAAACCUGGUGAUUAGGGACACAAGGCGUCACCAUGCCGGCAUCUACGUCUGCCGGGCCAACAAGCCCAAGACCAGAGAGUUUGUCAUUGCUGCUGCUGAGCUGCAUGUGCCUGCUCCUCCAGUGAUCCUCCAGCCCCCAGAGACAGUGUCCCUCUCCCGGGGAAACACAGCCAGGUUUGUGUGCAACAGCUCUGGGGAGCCUCCUCCCGUGUUGCACUGGCUGAAGAACGGCCAACCCAUCAAGUCAUUCAGACGAGUGAAGACCCAAAGCCCUGGAGUCCUGCUCAUCAACCAGCUGGCACUGGAGGAUGCUGGGUACUACCAGUGCAUAGCAGACAAUGGGCUGGGCACGGCCUGUGCCACUGCCAAGCUGACAGUCAUUGUGAGGGAAGGUCUGCCCAGCCCUCCCCGCCACCUGUCUGCUACGCCCUACUCCAGCACGACUGCCUUGCUUACCUGGGAGAAACCUGAGUACAACUCGGACCAAAUCAUCGGCUACUCUGUGCACUGCCAGCGCGCUGCAGGCUCGGAUAAUGUGGAGUACCAGUUUGCGAUGAACAACGACACCACGGAGUAUCACUUCAAAGAGCUUCUCCCCCAUACUGCAUACACAUUCUUUGUGGUGGCUUAUUCUCCCAUGGGUGCCAGUCGCCCAUCCCUGCCUGUUACUGUAGAGAUGCUGGAGGAUGUACCGAGUGCACCUCCUCAGCUGUCUAUAGCCAGCACCUCCCCAACAGACAUCAGGCUGAUGUGGCAUCCAUUGUCCUCGCAGCACAGUCGAGGAGCUGUUACUCGCUACCGCAUUGAGUACAGCUCUCUGGAUCAGGCGGACACAGUGUUCACAGUGGAGGUAGGGGGUAACGAGACUCAGUUUACACUGAGAGAGCUGCAGCCUAACCAGGCCUACCGACUGAGGAUAGCAGCUGGAACAGGUGUUGGCUUUGGGAUCCCAUCUGAGUGGGCCCAGCACCAAACAUUAGCCCACUACAACCACAGUGACCACAGCAUGGUGAUCUUUGCCCCGACUGAGCUGAAGGUCAGAGCCAGAGUGAACACACUCAAUGUGACCUGGCAUCCCUCACCCAAUCACACAUUGGUCUCUGGUUACAAGCUGUCCUGUCGCGAGGUCGAGGCCGAGGAGUCAGCCAAUGGACAAAGGAGCACACAAACCCACACCAUCAGGCUCCGUAAGAAGGCUCGGUAUCAUCUCCUCACUGGGCUGGUCCCUGACCGGCAGUAUGAGGUGAGAGUUUGGGCAUUCAACAAGCAGAUAGAUGGAGCAGCUGCAGUGUGGAAGGGAAGGACAGACAAAGCCCAUGACAGAACACCGUCGCCGCCCAUGCGCCCCCCUCCGUUGCCCCCGAGCAGCAUCCAAGCCACAACCAACAGUUCCACCUCCAUCUGGCUGCGGUGGGAGAAACCGCGGUUCAGCAACGUACGCAUCAUCAACUACACGGUGCGCUGCAGCCCAGCGGGAACCACAAAUGCCUCUCUGGUCUCCUACCACACCAGCUCUGCUCAGGAGAUACUGCUCGGGGCAUUGAAGCCCUUCACCCGUUAUGAGCUGGCUGUACAGUCUAAUGGAGUGGAUGUGGUGGGACCUUUCAGCGGCACAGUGGAGGAGUCCACUUUGUCUGACCGGCCCUCCACACCUCCGGAGGAGCUGCAGCUGAGUGCUCUGGACUCCUCCUCUGUGCUGGUGAGCUGGCGCCCUCCACUGGAGCCCAAUGGUGUCAUCAUCAGCUACAUGAUACUGUACAGUGGCAACCUCAGCCAGCCUGAGCACCUGUGGAAAAAUCUCUCUCAGGAUGGGAGCAUUACCAGCGUGGAGAUCCAGGGUUUGUCCAGUGGCACCCAUUACUUUUUUAAGUUGGGAGCGUCUACUGAGUUGGGGCCAGGGCCUUAUUCACCUGUAAAGGAUGUUCACACUCCCCUUCAGACAUAUGAGCUGGACAUCCAUGCAGUCACAGGCAUCAUAGUGGGUGUAUGUCUGGGACUGAAAUGCAUCCUCCUCUGCAUGUGUUUUAGCUUUCGUAACAGCAAAUCCAGGGAGAUAUCUGGGGGCCUGGACUCCACAGCUGGUACCCCUCAAUACAGGAGAGGAGGCUGCCCCAUACCCUCCAACUUGCCAGAGUGCAACGAUAGCCAUGAGUUGGAAACACUGAUGCCCCCAGGCAGCCAAGAGUCUGGUCAGCCGCUAGCAGAGGCCCCAGAGGAGCAGAGCCUGAUGGCAAGUGCUAAUCCAGGGGAAGGGGAGGAUGGCCCUGCACCUGAACCCAAGGCUGCUUGGAACGGCUCUGUGAGUCAUAACUGGGCCAACAGAAUCACUAGAUACAGAGACACCAUAACAGAAGACUGUCCAACACUCAUUAACGGAGCUCUCAACAUGCUAAUUACUGAUAACGGCACGGGCUUAGAAGAUCAUCUGUGUACAUCCCUCUGCAGUAACCAGGUGGAGGCAGAAGUCAUCGUUCACUCUGAGCUGUCAGAUCCUGGAGGGGACAAAGAGGAAGAGGGCAGCGAGAGGGAGAAGGAUUCUAAUGCCACCAGGGGACCCUCAUUAUCCGAGGACAGAUAUUCCCCUUUGAGCCAGCCAAGCUUGCCAGGAGAGGAGGAACCUCUAGAAAAACUAUCACUGGCGCAAAGCCCCUCAAGUUUUCCCUCGAUUAAGUUGGUGGGUAAUCAUAACGGGGAGCUAGAUAUCCCAGGAGACCAGCCGGUUGCAGACAUACAGCCACAUCAGGACAUGGGGCUGACCAAUGGCUUCCACUCCCCUAAGACUGUGAGGUCUGUGCUGAGGUCGGAGCAUCUGGAGAACGGGGACUCCAGACACUGCCCUUCUGCACCAGGGAAGGCCAUCUCUGUCGGGCUGUCCCCUGCCCCCUUUGUCAGCUCCGGCUUUGUCCACUCUACCUCAGCAGCACACAGUUAUCUGUGCCCGUAGCGUCUGCAUGUAGGGCAUCGACCCUUACACAAACACAGAGACAUCAGACAGAUUUUCUUUCAAAAGUACAAAAGUACCCAGGAAGAGUCCCUAAGGAUUAUUUUUAUGCACCUCAUUAUUGGAUUUUUUUCUCUUCCUUGCAAAGUUUUUAUAAGUACUUUGAUUCCAUUGUUUCAUACAUGUAUAUACAGUAUACAUAUACAGUAUAUUUUUAGUGGUAGAGUACUGUAUAUGGGUAUGCUUUCUCUAGCAUUGCAACCAUACUUUCCUCUGGGUUUCUUUCCUGUCCAUAGGAAAGAACAGAAAGAUUUAACUUAACCAAGCAGAUGGAAGUGGAUUGAAGGAGGCUAUUCCCACUGUGUCGCACAUGGCUCGGUUCCACUCAGGAAUGAGAAAAAGCCUGGAACGUUCCCUGAGUGAGUGAGCACUUGGACAGGCUAUAAUCGUGGAUGGAAGGAUGGAAGCGGAGGCUCGGUGGGUCUCCCUGGGCUUCGCUGUGUGGAUGCUACUUUACUGUGGCACUGAGGAAUAAGCCUUAAAGAGUAUCUGCACACUCUGAGAGUGCAGAACACCUGUGUCUCUCUCCAGCCUCCUGCUGUCUCAGGGUGCACACACACACACACACACACACACACACACAUUCAAACACAGUCAAAGGUAACCGCAUAGCUAAUUCCAUGAUAUCUCACAGAAACUCAAUUGGUCACGCUUAAACACACACUUACACACACAUUUCCUGACGGGAGUGUGGGGGUCUCAGGUGCCUGAAUAUUCUAGGUGCAUUUAUAACCUCUGUAUAUUUCUAUAGAUUAUUAUAUUCAGAACAAGUUCAAAACACAUGUCAACAUUAAGGGAAAAAAAAACACUCAAAAUAUAAAAAGAUAUUGAGUAUGUAGAUUUGGUACACAUGAAGUAUUCCUUUCCAAAAUGCCAUAUGUCCAGGUGGUGUGAUUUUGUAAACCAGGGACACUCAGUUGAAAAGUGAAGUGUUUUUGUUUUGCUUUUUUUUUAAGAUGGUGGAUAUCUCAUUUUGGAAUCAAAGUAUUUACACAUUCAUGUCGAUACUGGUUUAAUUAUGUUGGUGGGAGAACUAGAGGAGAUGUUACAACAACCCAUCUGUAGACCACUCUUCUGGUUUGUCUCCCAGUUAGGGAUGCACCAAUGUCCAUACUGUUGUCAAGAUACUGUGCUGUAAGUUGGACCCAAUUGUCAUUUUCAGCUCAGUAUAAAAUUUUUGAUUAUAUGAAAUGCUUGCCAUGUUUUUAAUUUAUGGGACAUUCAUCUUGACAAACCUGAUUCAGCUGUAUGGGUCUCUAGUCAGACCCACAUACGAAAGGAGUUUGAUGAGAAAAAAUAAAUAAAUUUGCUCCAUUUUUUUUUCUCUGACCCCAUUGGAUCAUAUUGCUUUUCCUAAUUAACCAAUACAUAGAGCUGAGUGAGUCAGUAUGGUUUUUUAAUGUAAAAGGGGAACUGGUGCAUCCCUACUCCUUAUCAACAGCACUACCUCAUUUCUUUUCAGGACGGUUUCCAGUGUGGUUUUGUUAGUGUUAUGUAACUAGCACCUUUUUAAGAUCUUUUUCUUAACUUGUCUGAUUUGACAGCCUUUGGUAUUUGCAGAAAUGAUCGUCCUAUACUGACUGUAUGUUCUUGUGUUAUGUUCAACAGGAAAUUAUGUCGCUUUAGUGCAUUGCAACCUCCUCUCAGUUUGCUGAAAGAUUGUUUCACUCAGUAUUAUGUUGAACCCUUACAGAAAACAAGAACACACAAAUCACGUAAAACUAGGUCUAGCCAAAUUCUUCCAGUUGCAGUUCCCGUCAAUCUGACGCCAGCUACAGACAAGGAAAUUGAUAGCUCCUGCAAUUUGACACUUGUGCCACUUGUACACCCAAUGGAAUUCAUACACAUAUAUAUAUAUAUGUGUGUGUGUGCGUGUGCGUGUGUGUUAGCGUUAGGCUUUUACCUGACCGGUAAAACAAGGUGUAAAAUGUGAAACCUAAAAGUACUCACGCACAAGAAAACAGCAACAAUAACAAUAAUCAGAGAGCCUGAGAGUCCGGAAUGGAGGAAACUAUCACAGCUUAUUUAUUAGCUGUUUUCCUCCAUUAACAUUUACUUAACCUCCUCUGUCAGAGUAAAAACUAUUCCACAAAAGAGCAAUGGUUUAUAUAACUGGAGUCGAUGGUACAAAUACCUCUUUUGAAUAAUUGUGUUGCUAGCAAGUUAACAGUUUGCUCACCAGCUAGAGCAAGAUUCAAGAUUCAAUACAUUACCACUGAGUUUUUGCAUACGUAAGGAUGAUCUCAACUGCGGCUCUAUAAAACUGCACGAUACCAUUCCUGGAUAUACCACAUUUUUUCAGAUGGUCUUAAAAAGAAAAGUCUGUGGUGGUUGGCGUUUUCCCCCAAUUUCAAGGGGCUAGUAGAUUGCCACUCCCAGGAAUUUGUAGCUAAUGUCAGUGUUGAUGACCAGGGGUAGGUGGUCCCAACAGCUCCUGUGAAAGUUCACUACUAAUUCCUUGGUUUUUGGAAACAUUUGAGAUUGUUUGCAUUGUGUCAUCAGCAGGUUUAAACAUCCUAACAGCUUCGGAGUGAGAGAAGCAGUCAUUUGUGCACAAUGAGUACAGGAGUGGGGACAGUGCACACCCCAGUUGAGAAUCGGUGCUAAUUGUUAAGGGUGUAGAGAAUUUGCAAAGUUUGACUACUUUCAUCCUCUUCAACAAAAAAGUCAAGGACUCAUUGACACAGGUGCUGUUUAACUCCCAAAUGAAAGACUUUGUCAUACAGCCUCAAUGGGAAUUUAGUGUUAAAGGCUGAGCUGUGAUCGACAAAUGGAACACUUGCAUAGGUACGAGAGGCCUCUAGGUGUUUUUAAAGUGUGGGCAAAUAAAACUGCAUCAGUAGAUACAAACUGAUAAGGUUCUAGGACAACACUGGAGAGAUGGUUUCAUACCAGGCGUUUCCAUGAUAACAGAUGUCAACAAGUCUGUAGUCAUUCAGCAUGCUUUGGUUGGGUUUCUUAGGCACAGGCACAAUGACAGCUGAUUUUAAGCAUGCUGGGACCCUCUGCUGUGCAAGGAACCAGUUAAAGAUGAUACCAGAUUGAGGCCUGCAGCCUUCCUACUGUUUUGCCUGCACAGCGGGUUUCUUACCUCAUGCUCCCUGAUAAAUAAAUGUGGAGUAGCAGGCUCAGAUACAGUGACAGAACAAGGCUGUGGGUUUGAUAUAGUAUCAAACCUGCAAUAGGUUCUUCAAAACAGGUUAGGUUCAGUACCUUGGGUGACAUAAUUUGCUUUAUAAUUAGUGAUUAAUUGAAAGCCUUGCCAUAGCCCUCUGCUGUCCUUAGAGUUAAGCUCCUUUCUAGCUUGUCAUUAUACUGUUUCUUUACUGGCUUUUGAAAUUCAUACUUAGAUGUCUUUUAAAAGUUUUUGUCACCUGAAUUGAAAGCUGCAUUUUUCUUCCUCCACAAUGUUUUAAUAUCUUUACUAAACCAUGGCUUAUUAUUACUGUAAACCAUUACAGACUUGGAUGGAGCACAUACAUUUUCAACACAUUUGAUGUAAGACAUGACCACAUCAGUAAAAGAGUCCAGUCAUCAUUUGGCUACUUCAAUACAGUGCAGUCAGUUGUAGCCAGACAGUCGAUUAGCAUAUCUGUCACUUGGGGGGACUUAGGAGGGAAUUAUACGUUAUCAAGAUGAAAGCUGCACACAUAGAAUCGUCUGCAUCUGAUAUUAAGGGUCCAGAAUUCAGGAGAGCAAGACUAUGACACAGUCUUAAUGUCGGUACACCACCACCUCCACGCUGCCUCAGUGACUUCUCUGUGCAAUCCGCCUGGUAUAGGGUGAAACCCUCCUGCUGCAGCGCCAAGUCGUGUAUCUUGUGGGUUUCAGUACAAGCAUGCGACCGGACAGGCAAGCUUGUCAUGUUCAUUGAGAGAGAAACAUACUAGGUAAUGGUGUGCAGUGUCCACACCAUCUUUGGCAGACCAGAAGGCCAGCUCGUCUCUCUCGUUUCCUGGGUUUUCGCGGCCUGAUGUGUGAGCCUGCUGUGGCACUGACACUCUCAUCAACAACAAAGUCAUUCGAAGCUGAUAGUCUGGAAUUUUUCCCAUGUAUCUGCAAUAAAUCCAAACAAUCAUAUCUGAUCAAACACCGCACACUUUCCACACAAAGGAAAAAAAACAACCACACAGUAGGAGCCUGAUUAUUCAAAAUCAGUUCACCAGUUAUGUGAUCAUGACUUAACACUCAUUGCCUGCAGGUGGCACAAGUGUUAAAAUGACAGUAGCUUUAACAGUGUAUGCCUGUAGGUAAGCGAUAAUUGACAUGUGAAUGAGUUUGGGAGUUAGUUACAAUCUAGUUCCCAUAGGUGCUUCCCAGAAAGACUAUUUUGAAGAUGCUAACACUAUAAUUUAACAAAUUUAACUUGUGGUGGAAAGAAAGGGCUGGUGUUGCUCUGUAUGAGUGUGAUGUAGUCCUGCUAUUAUGGCAUACAUGUGUGUGAUCCUGAAACAAGGAAAAGUUGGGGUCAGUUACUAAUAAUGAUAAUAAUGAUGAUAACAUCCUCUUACAAAAAUUAGAGCUUUAAGCAGAGUAUUGAAUCCAGCCCUAUUGUACAUGAUGUCUCAUCUUCUCUCAGGUGGUUUUCUUCUAGUCAUCCAGCAGUGAAAAAGGAGUGUGACAAACCCCUUCUUCUGUCCUGCCUGUGUUUCUACCCAUGUCCAUGCAACUGUAAAAAUCUCUCCAGCUCAACUCAAACACAUCAGCAACAGAAAUGUAAAAGGUUCUUCAUGACAUCUAUGAAACACCCUCAACAGGUUUUUAACAACAUAAUUGUGUUUGCUUGAAAACUUUUAUUGUUGCAUAGUUGGUACCUCAAAGAGACUUAUUUGUUUUUUAGCCUUGCCAUGUAUGUACUUAACAUCACAGUGAGAUGAAUAUGAUUUUUUUUUACUGCAUUAGCAGUCAUAUAGGGACAGAAGUGAAUGUGUUGUUAGCAAACCUGGGUCAAACAGUAAUUGGAAGUUCAUCUAAGUGUGCAUGAGGGGGGUUUGCUACAUCAGGUGAAUUCAGAUUUCACGACUAAAUACAUCUAAAAUAUAUGGCACUCACUGCACAGUGCUAUUUGGCAAACCACAUUUGAAUGGUACGGAAAGAGCAAUUCAACAGAAAGCUCACAUUGGAAGCAGACUGCUGCUGUACCUCUCAACUCAUCAAUCUAAAGUGGCAAGCGUGUUUUUUUUUUUUUUUGUGGCCAUGGUCCAAUCAGUCAUGUCAGAACAGGUAACAGUGAAGCACCUGCUGUGGCUUCAUUGAUUCAGGUGACAGGUUAAAUGUACAGAGAGCAAUGCAGCCACAGCUUCCUGCCUUGUGGCUUGAGGAUCACUUGGCCUAUACACAGUAAAAGCUGAAGCAAACCACCCAAACUGCAUAUUUUUGACCCAGGUUCUUUACUGAUACUGUUCUAUAUAUUGAUAACUAUUUCUCAUCAUCCUCAAACACUUGUAUGUCCUCAGUCCAGAAAUAUUCUCAAAAGCAUUCCAGUUUGAUAUCUUAAACAUACCUCUCUCAGUCCAGGUCAGCCAUGAUUAGCAAUGCUACCUUAAGAAGAGACGUGCUAAAACCCCAGUGACUGUGUUCCUGCUGCUCUGACAGGCUUCAUCCAGACCCAGGUUCAGCUCCUCCAUUCACUACAGCAUUUGCAGGUACUGCAGCCUAAGCUGCAAUGUGUGCAAAACUGUUUGGACAACCAACAAGUGGGAGGCAAUCACUGAAUCAGGGCAGUAAAGAUAAGUGUUUUGAGUCAGUCAUGGUGACAAAAACAUUUUCUUGUUGAUCCUCAUCUUACAGAGGCUUUUCACACCCUAUAAUUUUUUGUGAAGUUGUCUCACACCCAACAUUUUCAGGAGAAAAUAAUACACCAAGUACAAGUUUUUAUUUAGUAUGUAUAUUUUUCAUAAAGGCAUGAAAAGCAGGCUUUGCUUUGCACAUAGCAGCUGUUCCGCUUUCCAACACAGAGGGUGUUAAUUUUGUGAAAAAGCCUCUGUUGUCACUGCAGACAGACCACAGCCAUUUGGCACUCAAGUAGACUAACAGAAAGUACGUAUUAUUUGCUGAUGCUCCUCUGCCCAGUAAUAGAUAAAGUAAACUCUGAACCAGUGAGCACAUUUGUUCUAUUGGACAUUCGUCACAUUUGGAAAUGAGUUGAUUUGUGCCAGUGAGUUGCAGUUUUGUGGAUGUUAGUCAGUUAAACAAUGACAAUAUCACAUUUGUGAUGCAGGACUUAGAUUUUAUGACAAUAUAGCUGCCAAAAUCUAAUGUAAAAGCUACUGUUGAAAUUUUUUAGUAACAUCCAGUAUUUAAAAUUAGGGUUUUCAUGUUGUUGUUUUUUUUUUCCACAGAUAUUUCAGUUAAAUCACAGCAUUUUGCCUGUGUUUGAAGUCUUGAUGCAGUAGUGGGUUAUUAUGGUGGGUGGAGCCGACACAGAGGAUCUGAAAUGGGGAUUAGCAUGAAGCCUGCCUCCAGCAUAAAGGAUGUAUGCUCUCCUUAUAGGAGCUCUUUUAAGUCUUUUAACCACUGUCUCUGAAAUACAUGUAACUUUUUUUUGCUUUUGUUCGUCUUUUUGUCGGCUAGAACAAUCAGAUUUUUUUGAGGAAAAUUGUUCAUGCUCUCAUUUCCUAGAGAUGAUAAUUACUUCGAUAAUUAUGUUUAUUUCAUCCUCUUUUUGUAAGGGUUUUAUUAAAACAGUAUACCUCAUGUUGGUAACUUGUUGAUUUGAUUCUGAUCAGUUUCUUGAUACUGCACAUUUUAUAAUGAGUAGAACAUAUAUACGUGAGCAUCCUGUAGUUUUGUGAGCCAAGUUUUUCAUAGAAAACAGGAUAGACUGUUUCGUUUUACCUCAGUGUGAGUCUUUACUCAUUACAGUGGCCUGGAUGGUCUAGUCUAGUGGUGAAGGGGUAAAUAAUGAGGGGAGGAGGGGUCAGUGGAAAUCCAAAUUGACUUUUACAUUGUUAUUCUGCAAUAGUUAGUUAUUAUCAAACUUUUACCGUUAGAGUUUAAAGCAUGGGUUGACUCAAUUGGUAGUCAUGCUUCAAAUAAAAAAUAUAAGAUAAAUACAAAACGAAGCAAAAAAAAUGUCUUGAUGAAUAACAGCCUAAAAGUCACUUUUUGGCAGAAUACCACAUUUUUAAGCAACCCAGGUGUCUGAAGUACUAGGCAGGGAGAAGGGCUAAAGGGAUGUCCUCCCCAGGCAGGUCAUACCCUUUCAGUGCAGACAGCCAUUUAGAAAUAAUUGUGUCUUCUCUACUCAGGUGCCCCAUCUUUGCAUAAAAUUGUAGAGGAUCAUGCCAGCAUAUCUGAUUCAGAUACAUGUCAUUUGUUGUCAAACAAAAACCUCAUUUUGUCAUUUUGAAAGUAAAUCAAGGAAACUCUUAUGCACAGAUGAUAUUUUGUUUUGUACAAAUCACUCAGUGUAUUUCUGUCUCUCCGGCUUUUCUCUGUACAUUCUAGUGCUUUGUGGUGAGCUGCUUUGUCCAGUGAUGUCACAUUGUUGUGGGUUUUUUUUUUCUUUUUUUGUUUGUACGUCUUCUUCUCUAGUUUUGUGUGUGCCAGCUCAGUUGUGCUUCACAGAAUGUCUAAGAACAGACUCAGACUCUGUGUUCAUGUGCCACCAGCAACACUCUGCAGCUAAUCACACACAUUUGUAAUCAUUGUGUGCCGAACAGAACCUCAUUUAUGUCACGGACGCUACUGUAGGAGCAAAUUGUAGGAGCACGUAAUAGAUUAACACUUCUUUUUGGGCCAUGAGCAACUUUGGGCUGCCAUCUUUACAUUUCUAGAAGUGCAAUUUCCUUAGCCUGUAAAACGACAGAUCCAUUACUCAGUGUUAGUCAUGGCGACAGUGGCCAUGAUUUGUGAUAGAAACAUUGCUUGUUCAGAGGAAUCAGUAACAGGAUAGGUAGUACUUGUGGUUUGUAGAAAUAUUUCCACUGUGUUACCAUAUGUGAAAAUGUCAAAACUUACAGCAACUCUCAAGAUGUCUGUGGAAACUACUCUUCUGUAAAUAAACAUCAAAGAAAAAGGAAA